UUGGCACUUUUCGCCAGAGAACCCGAGACUUGGAAAGGUCAAAUUGUCGUAGGAAGCAGCAAGCUUUCAGCCUGCCAUGUUCAGAAUACGAAAAGUUGUUGCCGUGAGAGACAGGCUGGAGAGUCUCUUCUGCACACGAGCGUGAAAGUCACGAAGAAGGGAUUAAAAGAUGAGCCAGAGAGGGCAGAUCAUCUGUCGGACGGAAGACCGACACGAUCUGCAGCUCGAUCGGCGCCCCGACAAAAAGCAUCAAGCCUAACGACGGUCUGGGAACAAGAUCAUGAUUUUAUUGCAACCUCAUUCUCACCGAUCGUCGGUCUACAUUGUCGUCUGCACAAGUGCACACAGGCCUUUGAAGCAAUCUCCUGUCGCGCACAUGUACCUGCGACGGUCGCCAUGGUAAAGUGA